AUGCGGACUUCCCUCUUGGAGUUCGUUGCUGAUGGUGACGACAUGUCUCCUCGUCGCACCAUGGAGCUUCUUUGGGCAGAUGCCGUCAACCACCUUCCUCAGACAGACGGUGAAGUCUUUCUGCCUCGCAACGUUAUCGAUGAGAUGCUUGACAUCAAUCACCUGAAGGACAUGGGAAUUCGUCUGGCAGCUAUUCUCAACAAGAAGGUUCAGAUUGUUCUGGAUGAAUCCAUGGAUGCCUACCGCAUGUUCCCCAAGGAACUGAACACGGAGCAUGCUGGAGAUUUGGGGCCUGAUCAACAUGGCAUUGAGCUUGAUGAGCACCUUUUGCUCAGCAAGUCGAUCCACAAUGCUGGAGACUCUGUGAAAAUUCCUGCUCGCCCUACCAAAGUUCCUCGCCCUCCCAACUGCUUUAUCUUGUACCGCCAGGCAAACCACCAUCUGGUCAAGAAUGCCAACCCUGGUGUUUCCAACAACGAAAUUUCUCGUAUUCUUGGUGCGCGCUGGAACAACGAGACUCCCGAGGUUCGACAGCAGUUCACCCGCCUCGCUGAUGAUCUGAAGAAGGAACAUGCUAUCAAGCACCCCGAUUAUCAGUAUGCCCCUCGUCGCCCUUCGGAGCGCAGACGCCGUAUUCCUCGCAUCCGUACCAGCUACACAACUUCCGACAAUGAUUACCAGUACCCAUGCACUGCUGCUAUUGAUUUCGAUGAGGACUUUGAUGAACAUCUGAUCCCAAUUGACGACAAUUACUUGUCUGAUCUCAGCAACAAUGGUCUUCUCUUCGGUCCGAACGGUGUUGAGCCACUCCCAGCUCCUUACAGCUAUGGUGAUCGUAUGGAAAUCAGCAAUGAACUGGCUUCGGGCAACAAUUUUGCGUCCCUGGACUACAUUCCUAUGCCAUUCGGAUCCAACAUCAACAAAUCGGGUAUCCUCACACCCACCAUCUUCUAA